AAGGAGACCUUUGCCCACCCGCCCCGGGUGGUGCGGCAGCAGAGCGAGUCCUUCCCUCAGUCAGGACCCAUUUCGAGGCCAGCUUCUCAGGACCCUUACUCCCAGCCCCCAGGUACUCCUCGGCCGGUCGCUGAUCCUUAUGCCCAGCCUCCAGGAACUCCUCGGCCCACCACAGUCGAUCCCUACAUGCAGCAGCCGCCGACACCAAGACCUGCUCAGCCAGCAGAUUUAUUUGCUCAGUCCUCGGCUAGUCAGAGACAUUCUGAUCCAUAUGCCCAACCUCCUGGAACACCGAGGCCGGUUCUCAAUGAUCCUUAUUCUCAGCAACCAGCAACUCCGAGGCCAGGGAUUCCAGAGGGGUUUAACAGACCUGCAAUGACAAGACCAGGUCUAAUACCAAAUAGAGAUCCCUUCCUGCAGACGCCACAGAACAGGUUGCAGGGCACUUUUGUCAGGCCAUCAGAUCCCUGUUCUCAAACACCCAGACCUGCAGGACCUGCAAUAACAGAUUCAUUUAGCCACGGUCCAGCUGCUGCAGCACAUGACCCAUAUGAUCAACCACCAAUGACUCCAAGACCUCAGCCAGAAUCUUUUGGAACUGGUCAGCUGGCCCAUGAUGCUGCUGAACAACCACGGCCUGGAUCUGAGGGCAACUUCAGUGCUUCUGGAAAUUCUCCAAUGAGUUCUCAAGGACAGCAGUUUCCCAAAGUUUCACAGGUUCCUGGCCCAGCACCCACUACAGGAGUAACAGAUACACAGAAUACCAUGAAUAUAUCCCAAGCAGAUACUGAGAAGUUAAGACAGCGCCAGAAAUUACGUGAAAUUAUUCUACAGCAGCAGCAGCAGAAGAAGAAUGCAGUUCGUCAGGAAAAAGCCUUGCAGGAUGCAGCAGCUCCUACCCACGCAGCUCCUCUUCAGCACUGGCAGCAAGACAACUUAAAUCAAAUUUUUAACCGCCCUCCUCCUCCAUAUCCUGGGAAUAUUAGGGCCUCUGUUGUCCCUCCAGGUGGGCCAAGGUUCACUGUAUACCCAAAAGACCAACGUGGACCAUUUCCUUUUUUUUUUCCUGCUGACGGGCAGUUCAAUAGGCCCCAGUUCCCAGGUGACAUGAGUGCCAUGGGGAUGAGACCUCAUGGUCUUAGAUAUGGGUUUCCAGGAGGUGGCCAUGGCCCACCCUCAGGUCAAGAACGUUUCCUUGGUCCCCAGCAGCCAAUGCAGCGCCCCGGAGUUCCACCACAGCUGAGAAGAUCUCUGUCCAUUGAUAUGCCUCGGCCAGUGAACAAUCCACAACUAAACAAUCCAGCUGCCAUCUCUCAACAUUUUCCUCCACAGGGAAUUCCAGUUCAGCAGCACAAUAUAUUGGGUCAGGCAUUUAUUGAGUUACGUCACAGGGCUCCUGAUGGGAGGCCAAGGCUGCCUUUCAAUCCUGCUGCUGCAAAUGUCAUGGAUGCAGCAGCACAACAUCGACACGCAGGGUUUAUACCCAGGCAAGAGUUUCCAGCCCCAAGACAGGCAGAACCCCUGAGACAUAAUUCUCAAGGUAUACCUAACCAGUUGCAGAUGUCUACAAAUUUGGACCAUAUGUCACAAUCUCAGCAGGAUCAAAUCAAUCCUGACAACCCACCUGCACUUGUAAUACGUUCUCUAAGUCAUCCACCAGUUGCUGAUGCAUUCCCAGGACCAUCUUUGUCUACAUCUGCACCAACUGAUGAAUCUGCAAAUUUACAGAUUUCCAACCAGUCAAGUGAUGGUCUAGAAGAAAAGCUUGAUCCUGAUGAUCCUGCUGUAAAAGAUUUGGAUGUGAAAGACCUUGAAGUCAAGGAUUUAGAUGAUGAAGAUCUGGAAAAUUUGAAUCUAGACACAGAGGAUGGGAAAGGAGAUGAACUGGACACUUUAGAUAAUUUGGAAACCAACGAUCCUCACCUUGAUGAUCUUCUAAGAUCUGGGGAGUUUGAUAUAAUUGCAUAUACAGACCCAGACCUUGAUGUAGGGGAUAAGAAAGGAAUGUUUAAUGAAGAACUAGAUCUCAGUGUUCCCAUUGAUGACAAACUAGAUAUCCAGGGCAAGACAGAAGAACCAAAACAGAAAGAACAAGGUGAUAGAACUGUUUCCCCUCCUGAGACCCAGUCUCCACAGAAGAAAUCUGCUACAGAAAAUGAAAUUAAAACAGAAGUACUUUCCCCAAACAUUCAGGAGGAAAAGAAGAACGAAAAUGAAAAAAGUGAUGGAAGUACUGAAUCCACAAGUACUCAACAGGUUGCUGAAGUGGAGUUGAAGGAUGGAGAAAAGGCUCCUGCCCAACCUGCCAACCCAGAAUUCCCUGAUAAAAGUACUGCUGUUCCCAGUCAAGAGACAACUGUGCCUAGUCCAGAUGCUCAGGGAUCUGCUUCAAUGCCUGUUCAAGGAGCAGUAAGUUCCUGCAGUAUUUCUGGGUCCACACCAGUCCUCUCAAGUUUGCUAGCUAAUGAAAGCUCAGAUAAUGCUGAAACAAGGACUCUAGGAUCUCCAUCUCAGUCUUUGCCAACCACACAAAUGAACCACGCGUCAGGUAUUUCACAAACACUAAUGACACCUGGUGGACAGAUCUUGGAAAACACUUUAAGUUCAAAUUUGGCCAUGGUUCCACGAAUGAACCAUAACUUUUCUCAAGGGUCGCCCAAUCCAGGAUUUAUUCAGGGUCAAUCAUCUAAUCAUAACUUUGGGACAGGACAGACAUCUAGUCAAACUGUGGCUGUCACAAACCGCCCUGGUCCUAGUGGCAUAUCCGGUCCCCAACAGAUAAUGCUCCCUCAACCAUUAGCUCAGCAACAGAAUCGAGAGAGGCCACUUCUGCUAGAGGAACAGCCACUUCUUCUGCAGGACCUUUUGGAUCAGGAGAGACAGGAGCAGCAGCAGCAGCGACAGAUGCAAGCCAUGAUUCGCCAGCGUUCGGAGCCAUUCUUCCCCAAUAUUGACUUUGAUGCAAUUACUGAUCCCAUAAUGAAAGCAAAAAUGGUAGCUCUUAAGGGGAUCAAUAAAGUCAUGGCACAGAGUAACAUGGGGAUGCCACCAAUGGUUAUGAACAGGUUUCCCUUUAUGGGUCAGCCAGGGCCAGGGGCUCAGACCAGUGAAGGCCAAAAUCAUAUGCAGCAGGCAAUUACACAGGAUGGAAGUUUGACACAGAUUUCUAGACCUAAUCCUCCCAAUUUUGGUCCUGGUUUUGUCAAUGAUUCACAGAGAAAGCAAUAUGAAGAAUGGCUGCAAGAUACACAGCAACUUCUUCAAAUGCAACAGAAGUACCUUGAGGAGCAAAUUGGAGCCCAUAGGAAAUCCAAAAAGGCACUGUCAGCAAAGCAGCGUACAGCCAAGAAAGCUGGCCGUGAGUUCCCAGAGGAAGAUGCAGAGCAGCUGAAGCAUGUUACUGAGCAGCAGAGUAUGGUCCAAAAACAGCUAGACCAGAUCCGGAAGCAGCAGAAGGAGCACGCGGAGCUGAUCGAGGAGUACCGGAUCAAGCAGCAGCAGCAGUGUGCAAUGGCCCCCCAUGCUAUAAUGCCCGGCGUCCAGGCCCAGCCACCGAUGGUUCCAGGAGGAACAUCACCAGCAAUGAAUCAGCAAAACUUCCCCAUGGUAGCACCACAGCUCCAGCAUCAACAACACGCCGUGGUAAUCCCUGGGCAAUCCAACCCAACCAGAAUGCCAAAUUUGUCUGGAUGGCAACCUGCAAGCACCCCCGCAAGCCAUAUUUCCAUGAACCCGGCAAGGAUGCAGCCUCCAAUGACACCGUUGCCAAUUACUCCUGGUACGCCCGCUCCUGUUCCUGCUCCAAAUGCAACUGCACAGUCAGGGCCACCACCAAGGGUGGAGUUUGAGGACAAUAACCCUUUUAGUGAAAGUUUUCAAGAGCGGGAAAGGAAGGAGCGUUUACGAGAGCAACAGGAGCGGCAACGCAUUCAGCUCAUGCAGGAGGUGGAUCGGCAGAGGGCUCUGCAGCAGAGAAUGGAGCUAGAACAGCACGGUAUGAUAGGGCCCGACCUGAAUAACAAAACCUCCUUGUCUCAGAUACCUUUCUUUAAUUCUGAUCUACCCUGUGAUUUCAUACAAACUCCGCGACCUCUUCAGCAGUCUCCACAGAAUCAACAGCAACAACAAAUGGGGCAAAUUCUGCAACAAGGUUCUGUGACCUCGCCUCCUGCCACAAAUUUUAUGCAAAGCAGUGACCGGAGGCCAGUGGGACCUGCAACUUUUGGACCUGAUGCAUCUGCUGUUCCAGGUGGAGCCCCUAAUUUCCAUAAUGUAAAACAAACCCAUGGGAAUCUCCCUGGGGCUACUUUUACGCAGAACCAAGUCAGGCCUCCAUUUACUUCUGCUGUACCUUCAUCUACAGUGCUCAGUAGUGGUGCCCCAUGUGGGUCGGACACUAACGUGCCCCAGGCAACAAGCUUCCCUGGGUCAAGCCAGUCUCUCAUACAGCUAUAUUCUGACAUAAUCCCAGAAGAGAAAGGGAAAAAGAAAAGGACGCGAAAAAAGAAAAAGGAUGAUGAUGCCGAGUCAAUAAAAGCCCCGUCAACUCCACAUUCAGAUAUAACUGCACCAUCAACCCCAACUAUUUCUGAUCCUACCUCCACCCCCACAGUCAACACCCCCAAUGAACUUUCACGUCAUCCAGAUGAACAAGAGUCAGUGGAGUUGACAGGCCCAUCAGCAUCAAACGCAGGAGAGAGCCAGGCCUCUCCAGAGCUGGAGUGUAAGCUCCCCAGCAGCAGUCUGACACAGAAACAGCCAGGUGCAGGUACAGAGACUGAAAAGACCAAAACAGACACACCUACCAGCAUUCAAGAAGUUAAACUAGAAAAGGCAGAAGCUGACCAGUGCUCAGGUCAAGAUGAGCCUAAACCAGAAAACCCAAGCAGUAUUAAAGUGGAGGAGGAUAAGGUUACACCACAGCCUGCCUCUUCAGCUCAGAGUCCAGCACAACCUGCUGGCGUUCCAGCAGCGAAAGGGGAGUCGGGGAACGAAUUGCUGAAACACCUGCUUAAAAACAAGAAGUCCUCAUCUCUUCUUAAUCAGAAAUCAGAGAGCAGCGGCCGAACGGAAGAGGAGGCUGCUGGGGAUAAGAAGUUAACAGAGAAGCAGAGCCCAGCUGAAGGAAUGCAAACUUCAGGGAACCAGAUGCAAGGUGCAUUUGGGUGUAGUAACAGCCAGCUUCAGAGAACAGAUGUAGGACCUGAAACGAAGAAACAGAGAAAUAAGCGAACUCAGAGGACAGGGGAGAAGGCAGCUCCUCGGUCCAAGAAAAGGAAAAAAGAGGAAGAAGAGAAGCAAGCUAUUUACCCUAACACUGAUACAUUCAUCCAGCUGAAACAGCAGCUUUCUCUUCUGCCUCUGAUGGAACCAAUAAUUGGAGUGAGCUUUGCACACUUUCUUCCCUAUGGCAGCAGCCAGCUAAAUGGUGGAAAUCGACUUGUGGGAAGUUUUGGUAGUGCUACUCUUGACGGGGCUUCAGAUUACUACUCCCAGCUCAUUUACAAGCAGAAUAAUCUGAGCAAUCCCCCGACACCCCCAGCUUCCCUCCCUCCCACACCACCUCCCGUGGCGUGCCAGAAGUUGGUAAACGGCUUCGCGACCACUGAGGAGCUUGCUGGCAAGGCUGGUAUGUUAGGAGGUCAUGAUGUUACCAAAGCUCUGGGGCCGAAGCAGUUCCAGCUGCCUUUCAGACCACAGGAAGAUUUAUUGGCGAGAGCAAUGGCUCAGGGCCCUAAAACUGUGGAUGUUCCUGCUUCACUUCCAACACCACCUCACAACAACCAGGAGGAGUUGAGGGCUCAAGAUCACUGUGAGGACAGGGACACUCCUGACAGCUUUGUCCCUUCUUCCUCUCCUGAAAGCGUGGUGGGAAUGGAAAUCAGUAGGUAUCCAGACUUGUCGGUUGUGAAGGAGGAGAACCCAGAACCUGUACCAUCUCCAAUCAUUCCCAUCCUACCAAGCAGUACUGGAAAAGGUUCAGAAGCCAAAAGGAAUUACGUAAAAUCGGAACCUGGUUCAGGAGUGUUGCCUGGUUCUGGCUUCUUUGCCUCUCAGCUUGGACCAUCCCAGAAUGGUCCUAAAUCUGGCCUUAUAUCUGUAGCAAUUACUCUACAUCCCACCGCUGCUGAGAAUAUCAGCAGUGUCGUAGCAGCAUUCUCCAACCUGCUCCACGUCAGAAUUCCCAACAGUUACGAAGUUAGUAACGCUCCAGACGUCCCCUCCUCCAUGGCAGCCUCCAACACUCACAGGGUGAACCCACCUGUGGAGUACAGGCAUCACUUACUACUUCAGGGUCCUCAGGGAGGAUCCAUGGGACCUGCCAGGAUCGUAGGGUCGUACGGACUGAAGCAGCCUAAUGUGCCAUUUCCUGCAAACAGCAAUGGUGUAGCUGGCUAUAAGGAUCACAGUCAGAAUAUUGCAGAAGGCUCAGCCUUGAGACCUCGGUGGUGCUCUCACUGCAAAGUUGUGGUUCUUGGCAGUGGUGUGCGGAAGUCCUUCAAAGACCUGCCUUUCCUUAAACAGGAUUCCCAAGAAGGCUCUGAUAAAAUGAAGGACAUUGUAUUCUGUAGCAACAACUGCUUUGUUCUUUAUUCAGCAGCUGUGCAAGCAAAAAACUCAGAGAACAAAGAAUCAGUUCCGUCUUUGCCGCAGUCACCAAUGAAGGAGAGGCCACCUAAAGCAUUCCAUCAGUACAGCAACAACAUCUCCACUUUGGAUGUCCACUGUCUGCCUCAGCUACAAGAAAAAAUUUCUCCACCAUCAUCCCCCCCCAUCAUGUUCCCCCCUGCAUUUGAGGCAGCCAAGGUGGAGGCAAAACCGGAUGAGCUUAAGGUAACGGUGAAACUAAAGCCGAGGUUAAAAGCAAUACACAGCAGUCUCGAUGACUGUCGGCCUCCAAGUAAGAAAUGGAAAGGAAUGAAAUGGAAAAAGUGGAGCAUUCAGAUUGUGAUUCCUAAAGGAUCAUUCAAACCUCCUUGUGAAGAGGAAAUAGACGAAUUUCUUAAAAAACUGGGCACAACCCUUAAACCAGAUCCCGUGCCUAAAGACUAUAGGAAAUGUUGCUUCUGUCACGAGGAAGGUGAUGGAUUAACUGAUGGACCAGCAAGGCUUCUUAACCUGGAUUUAGACCUUUGGGUCCAUUUGAACUGUGCUCUUUGGUCUACAGAAGUCUACGAGACACAAGCUGGUGCCUUAAUAAACGUGGAACUAGCGCUGCGAAGAGGCUUGCAGAUGAAAUGCAUGUUCUGUCACAAAAUGGGUGCCACCAGCGGCUGUCACAGGUUAAGGUGCACCAACAUUUAUCACUUUACCUGCGCCAUUAAAGCACAAUGCAUGUUUUUUAAAGACAAGACCAUGCUUUGCCCCAUGCACAAACCAAAGGGAACUCACGAGCAGGAGCUGAGUUACUUUGCAGUCUUCAGGAGGGUGUACGUUCAGCGCGACGAGGUGCGGCAGAUCGCGAGCAUCGUGCAGCGAGGAGAGCGCGACCACACCUUCCGCGUGGGAAGCCUCAUCUUCCACGCGGUGGGGCAGCUGCUCCCGCAGCAGAUGCAGGCCUUCCACUCCUCCAAAGCGCUCUUCCCCGUGGGCUACGAGGCCAGCCGCCUGUACUGGAGCAUGAGGUACCCGAACAGGCGCUGCCGCUACCUCUGCUCCAUUGAGGAGAAGGACGGGCUUCCCCUCUUUGUCAUCAAGGUGGUGGAACAAGGCCAUGAAGAUCUGGUCCUUACUGACACAACGCCUAAAGGUGUGUGGGAUAAAAUCUUGGAGCCCGUUGCCACUGUUAGAAAGGAAUCUGAAAUGCUCCAGCUGUUUCCUGGCUAUUUGAAGGGUGAAGACCUCUUUGGUUUGACAGUCUCUGCGGUGGCCAGGAUUGCCGAAUCGCUGCCAGGGGUUGAGGCCUGUGAGAACUAUACUUUCCGCUAUGGCCGAAACCCCCUCAUGGAACUCCCUCUUGCCAUCAACCCCACGGGCUGUGCCCGUGCCGAGCCUAAAAUGAGUACCCAUGUCAAGAGGUUUGUGUUAAGGCCUCACACCUUGAACAGCACCAGCACAUCGAAGUCCUUCCAGAGCACAGUCACGGGCGAGCUGAAUGCGCCCUACAGCAAACAGUUCGUCCAUUCCAAGUCCUCCCAGUACCGCAAAAUGAAAACCGAGUGGAAGUCCAACGUCUACCUGGCUCGCUCUCGGAUCCAGGGCCUGGGCUUAUAUGCUGCUAGAGACAUUGAAAAGCACACUAUGGUCAUUGAAUAUAUCGGAACCAUUAUCCGGAAUGAGGUGGCAAACAGGAAAGAGAAGCUUUAUGAAUCUCAGAACCGGGGCGUGUACAUGUUCCGCAUCGACAACGACCACGUCAUCGACGCGACGCUGACGGGAGGGCCGGCCAGGUAUAUCAACCAUUCGUGUGCACCCAACUGCGUGGCUGAGGUGGUGACUUUUGAGAGAGGUCACAAAAUCAUCAUUAGCUCCAGCAGGAGAAUCCAGAAAGGGGAGGAGCUUUGCUACGACUACAAGUUUGACUUUGAAGACGACCAGCACAAGAUUCCAUGUCACUGUGGAGCUGUAAACUGCCGGAAGUGGAUGAACUAGAAUGCAUUCCUUGCUGUCUCUGAGGGUUGCUUGUCCCUAGGAAGAAGUGAUUCGCGUUUUGGUUUUGUCGACGGAAAAUUGUUGCCUUUUUGGAUGGGGAAAUAAAACAAAUCACUUCUGGAAGUACAGAUUUCUACUCAAGUAUUUAAAAAG